AUUUAUCUUUGGGAAAAGCAAACUUUCAAUCAGAGUUCAAACCACUAGAUUGUUGAAAAACAACACCAUUGGUGCUUAAAAAUGGUUUUGAGUUUUUUUAAGUAUAUAUAUGUAUACAUCUUUGCUGUGAUUUAGCUGGUGCUACCCACCCAGCAUACCCAGCCCCCAGCCCUUGUGCGCUUUAUGCGAAUAUUUUAUCUUGAUAAAGUUUUGGAGAAAUGAAAAAGAGGAAACUUGUACUAUUGAUAAAAAAAAUUCUCAUCCUACCUUUUUCAUACUAAUGGCAGGUGAACGAGGUGAAACUAAUAUACGUUACAUAAUGCGCUUACUUUUAAGUUAUAUCUCAACAGUUUCAACGUCAACAAUAUUAAUCAUACAUUAAAAAUUUUUAUUACUGUUUGCAAUUGCAUCUUGUCAUAAAUCGAAGAGUUUUUUCAGGACUAGGGCUAUCGAACAUCCAACUAAAGUUUCACAAGAUUAUUUGCCAUGUUCAAAAAAUUUGACGAAAAGGACAGUGUCUCCAGUGUACAACAACUGAAAAGUUCUGUGCAGAAGGGAAUUCGUACAAAACUACUGGAGUCCUAUCCACUUUUAGACAAGUACAUUGAUCAAAUUUUGCCCAAAAAAGAUAACUUCAAGCUUGUAAAAUGCCACGACCAUAUCGAGAUUAUAGUGAACAGUGCUGGAGAACUGCUAUUUUUCAGACAGAGGGAAGGAAAUUGGAUGCCGACUCUAAAACUUCUUCACAAAUUUCCAUUUUUCUUACCACUGCAGCAGGUUGACAAAGGUGCUAUUAAAUUUGUUCUAAGUGGUGCAAAUAUUAUGUGUCCUGGGUUGACUUCCAAGGGAGCUCGAAUGACACCAGCUGAAAAGGGAAUCGUUGUUGCUAUAAUGGCAGAAGGAAAGCAGCACGCCUUAGCAGUUGGAACAACAACAUUAUCAACAGAAGAUAUUGCCAAAGUUAACAAAGGAAUAGGCGUAGAGAACUGCCAUUACCUGAACGAUGGUUUGUGGCAAAUGAAAGCUGUGAAAUAAUUUAUAACGCAAAAAUUUUAUAAAUCUAAUUAUUUAAGA